AUGAAAAUUGACAAACUUUCAGAGGAACAACUAAAAAGAAAAAUAGAUUUAAUUUUGGAGAAGAUUUUUAUUGAAAAAGAUAAAGUAUAGGAAAAGCUAUAAUAAUUGCAAGCAUGCACAAAAACUAUUAUAUCAAUAAAAAAUAAACGUUUUUCAGAAAUUUCAACUGAAUUUUAUAUAUUAUUUGACAUUAAAGAUUUAAAUAGAACAAAUAUCGGAUAUUUUAUGUAAGAUUUUCAUAAUUUAACCCAAAUAUUUACAAAUUUGAUAAAUGAAAAACUGAAUUCUAUGGUUAAUUUAGAUUUAUUCAGCUAUUACAAAAAUUUAAGUAAUGUUUAAAAGAAGAUUGAAGAAAACAUUGAUUUAAGCUAUCAUGAUCUAUUUAAAAUUCUAGACAAACAAGGCAGGAGAGUUGUAAAGCCUGGAGAUCUUUUAUAAUUUUUGAAAAGACUUCCUAUUGACAUCACACACCAUAGAUUAAGAGAAAUAUUGGUUAAAAUUAAAAGGGAAGUAAUAAAUAUGGAAACAUGUUUAAUUAAUUUUUAGGAAUUCAAAGAAAUAAUGUAAUAGUUGAAUAAAUAGUCUAUACUUCUUAGUUUAACCUAUCUUGGAAUUUCAAAGUAAUAAUUAUUUGUCGCAUUAUUGGUAACGGUUAUAUAUUUAGGACUUGUACUCACAUUUAUUUUAAUAGGGGUUUAAGCUUUAGCAAUUCCUGGUACAUUUGCAGCAAUUAUUAAUGCUAUAUUGCCUAUGAUUGGAGGCUUUGGAUUAAAUAAAUAAUCAAAAAAUAAAUAGAUUAGGACAGUAAAUUAGAAUACAAUUAUGGAAUCUGUAAAGAAAGCUAUCAAAAUUAUAUCUGAAAAAACAAUUUGA